AUGAUUAGCAUUGCGAAGGAACGUCCCAGUUCCAUACGCACAUUCGACUGGACCGUCGACCAAUCCUCAGCCGCCUCGAACGAUUUCAAACGGUGUACGCGUGAACAUGUCGCAUGGAAGACCUCGCCAUUGGGCCUCAUGGCACAAUGGCCCUCCUCCCUCCGCCAGAUGGUGCUGCUCUCCAUGGCCGACCUCUCACCCUCCGCCGUGCUGUAUGGACCGAUGGAGCAAGUCGCGAUCGUGUACAACGAACCCUUCGCAACUCUGCUCGCCAGCAAGCAUCCCGUUCUCCAAGGCCAACAAGUCGCAGGCCAGCUCCUGGAGCUAUGCCCGGACUUUGACGCUACAUGGCAGAGACAGUAUACUAGUGGAACCACGGAGGUCGUCGGGAAUCAGCGAAUACGGCAAGACCGGCUAGGCUUCGUAGAAGAGAAGACCUAUGCUUGGAAGUUUGUUCCUACAGUAGGAGAGGAUGGGUUGAUUGUGGGUAGCUUGGUCACGGUGGAGGAAGAGAAUAGACCGUUACCACGGAGAGAGAGGAGCAAAUCAGCUGCCUCAGAGUUCGAGAGGGCCUCCACGAGCGCGAUUGAGCAUACUAGCAUGCAAGCAACCAUGAAUUUCAAGCAGCUCGACGAACGUUUCACCGGUCGAGGCUGUCAUUGCGAGGAACUAUGGAAGGCCAUAAAGCAAAUUGAAUACAACGAGGCUAAAUACGAAAAGUUUGCCAACUAUGCGCCGGUUGCAAUAGCCGCAUUGGAUUCAAAGUCCUACGAGCUCGAAUGGGCGAAUAAGGCGUAUUACGACGUUACCUCACAGCCCCCGAACUCCAAAUCUUUCCUUGACUACGUUCAUCCUGACGACGUUCAUCUUGUCCAGGGACGAUUCGACGUGGGCGCCUUUCAGGACGGAUCAUUUACUUUCGAGUGUCGUCUGAAGAAAUGGGCUCGGCCGGCUGUGAGUCCGAGUGAGGCUCCCGCGGCUCCCUCUCCUGCCUGGGUUCUGGUAUCCGCGUUUCGAGAGAACGAGGGCAGAGAGCACAUCAUGUGCUGGAUCAUUGACAUUACCGCCCACAAGAAUGCAGAAGACGUUCUUCGUGUGCGCAUGGCCGAGGCGAUGGAGAUGAAACAACAAAAGGAACGGUUCAUCGACAUGAUAUCCCACGAGAUUCGCAAUCCGCUCUCGGCCAUGGUCCACUGCACAGAUGAUAUUAUCGAGAACGUCGAAGAUCUCCGCAACGGCAGGGACACGGAUAUGCCCGCAAGCAUCCUCGAGAAUGCUGCGACGAUAGCGUACUGCACCCAACACAUCCAGAAUAUCGUGGGAGAUGUCCUGACGCUGAGUAAACUCGACUCGCGCCUCGUCGAUGUCUGUCCGAAACCAUCGCAGCCCCGAGAAGUCGUCCAAGGCGCCCUCAAGAUCUUCCAGAACGAAUUCCGAGCGAACUCGAUCGAAUUGGAUUUCGCCGAAGACCCGUCCAUGCAGGCAUUGCGGAUCGAUUGGCUCCUUUUCGACCCCAAUCGUCUGGUCCAGGUCCUCGUCAACCUCGUCACCAAUGCGAUCAACGUCGUCAAGUCGAGAGUCAAACGAAAAGUCACCGUCCGUCUCAGUGCCGUGACCCGUUCCCCUUAUGAGACCGGUGACGACAUCCAAUGCGUGCGUCCUCGACAGACUCCCAAACCGGUCGAUUUCGGCGGGCUGAUCAACGCCGAGCCGUCCGUGUUCGUCGUGAUCUCGGUGGAAGACACCGGGCCGGGCUUGGAACCCGAGGAAAAAGCCAGCUUAUUCGAACGCUUUGCCCAAGCUAGCCCGAAGACGGAGAGCAAGUAUGGCGGCAGCGGACUGGGACUUUUCAUCUCGCGAUUCUUGACAGAACUCCAGAAUGGGACGAUCGGAGUCGCUUCGGAACCAGGUGUCGGGAGCAAGUUUGUGUUCUCCGUCGAGGCCAAACGCACCACGGCACCGUCCCCGCCCACUACUUCCCCGCCGGCCGUCGUACAGAUUCCCUCGAUUGAGAUUCCGACACGAUUACGAAGCUCUGUCCUCGGCGUGGAUUCGAAUAGUCCUGUACUUUCCAUACCCUCUCCACACGCUCUGCAUGGACACGGAGUCACCCGUACCCAGCAGCAGCAGCAGCCACCUCCACCACAGCCUCAGCAGGAUAAGUCCGCCCCUCGCCGAGUACUCGUCGUGGAAGACAACCUUGUCAACCAAAAAGUCCUCGCGAAUCAGCUCCGAAAGCGCGGGUACGAAGUUGGUGUUGCCCUUCACGGCGAGGAGGCUUUGGAGCUAUUACAGAUGACCUCUGCUCCUUCAUCUUCCUCUCCUUCUGCGCGCGCUUUUGAUGUUGUGUUGAUGGAUUUGGAAAUGCCUGUAAUGGAUGGAGUCUCCUGCGUGGAAAGGAUACGUGCUUUUGAGAAGAAGCAUGGAGAGGAGGGCGACAGACUGCCGGUCAUCGCCGUUACUGCUAAUGCAAGGAGUGAGCAUGCGACGGUUGCCCUCGGAGCUGGCAUGGACGCAAUCACGACGAAGCCUUAUCGGAUUCAGGAGUUAGUUGCAGAAAUUGGGAGGGUCUCUGGAUCUGGGGCUAAUUGA